AUGAUAUCAACGAUUCGUCCCAACGAGCGGGAGGUAUCAGUCUUCGGAUCGAGAGGCGACGAGAGCCCCCAGUCAGGGGGGCACGAGGUCAAGCCUACGUCGCUCAGCGACACGUAUCAUGGGAGGAUCCGCCUCGAUAUCACCGAUUCGCCCGAUGGUGGAGUUGUUACAGGAAUUGACGAGCUGUGCUUUGCAAAGGACGGAUGCAGGUUGAUGCGGGAGGAGGAGGCGCAAAUUGGGCGAGGCGGGAAACGAGCGAGCGAGCGAGCGACAGGUCCUGGCGAAAUGUGGUGCCGGCGCAAUGCUGGAUAUCAGGGUCAGGACAGGCUGCUCGUGGUCCGUGGCCAAGGAUGCAUGUGCAUGGACAAAGUCAAAAGAAAGCACGGCCAAACCCACGCAGUGAGGGGAGGGGAGAGGUCGGUGCGAGGCAGGAGUGACUAUGAUCCCAGACGGGAUCUAGAGGAGGCGACGGCCUAA